CAAAUACAGUACGAGAACACAGUAUCUUCAAAUCUUUCUUUUACUCACAACGCGAACAAGAAUUCGUCUUCCAACCGAUACAAAAAGACGAAGUCAUUGAGUUCGCGAGGGUAGGCGAAAUUUUUGACCAAAACUUCUUGGCAGUUCCUGCUUUCCAAAGCCACAGCAGCAUCGCAUCGAAUCAUAUUACAUUGGAAUUGGUUGCCUUCUACUACAAGCGCUAUGUCGCCGAAGAAAUCCUCGGGGGGUGGAAAGGUGUUAGGGUUGUUUCCCAAGAAGAAGAAGAACCAGCAGCAGGAACAAUCAAAGAAAAGUAAACAAAAGAGGAGUGCUUCGAACGAUGGGAGAUCUACUACUUCCAAAAGUGUAGCCUCGCAGGAACAAUGGGAUCGGUCUCGUGCCAACACAGAAGCCUUUUCAAGCGCCAAUAGAGCAUCGAAGCGGUCCCUCGUAGCUCUGGCCUAUGAAACGACGACUUCGCCGAGUUUUCGGAGGGAAAGACGGAAAACAGGCAAGCAGCAACCGUUCCCGAACGGCUCGGCUUCGGAUUCGAACUCAGCCAAGCGAUCCAAAGCAAACGUGCCCCCGCCGUCCACCCGCAGUCGAAUGCGGUCCGCUGCUCGAAAGGUUUCCGGAAACAAGACAACCGUAGAAACCAGCAUCACCGACAAAAAACGUGUCAGUCGGGAAAGAGGUUGGUUCUCGUUCUUGAACCCGGCAAGAUCCUCUUUUUUCCAGAAAUUGUGCGACGAUACCUUUGAUUCCAUCGACGUGGAUGGAUCCGGGAAGAUCGACGAGUCCGAGCUAUACCGCGGUUUGUUGCUGAUCCACCUUAAGCUGGGCAUUUAUUUCGGCGCUCCAGCCUGUAAACCUCUCAGUGCGGAGAACGCUGUCACCGUCUUCCAACAAUUGGACACCAAUCGGGAUGGCUCCCUCGACAAGGAUGAAUUCCGCAGCGUGCUGACCCUGUUGAUGGGAAACGUUUUGUUUCGCAUCAUCUUUCAGUUCGUGUGCACGCUGGUGAUGGUUCCGAUGUUGGCACAGACGUUCCUAGAACAAGUAUCUUUUGGAUGGACCUGGUUGGUUGCGGUGGCGGUGCCGCUUUGGAAGGAAUAUCUGCCGUUGCUUGAAUGUGCUCUAGCAUUGGACCUAGUGAAAAAGUAUUCUUCCUUGGCCCUAUCGAGAGGUUUCGAGCUUUUUGAGACGACCGUACCACUUGAAACGAUUGAAAGCAUCCAGAAAACCAUUGAACCCAUUCAAAACACCGUGUUAGAAUCAUGGGAAACAAUGGUAAUGGCGAACGUCCGCGAUAUUCCGCAGGAAACGCUGGAUUCUCUGCCGCUGACGAUUGUUUCUACGAUGCUAACGCUGAUAAUUGUUCCGUAUUCAAUUUUGAAGACAGAUGAGUUCUUUCAGUUUUUGGCACGCAAAAUUUCGGGUGGUAAGAAGGGGUAACAGGUAAACUUGGGUGAUUGAACUUCGCUUCUUGUACGCUUCUGAAUGUCUAUUUUGUCAAGCUAGGAAUCAACAUUGAUUUAAGAC